ACUGACAACACCCAGCUCUACCUCACCACCACCUCUCUCGACUGUUCCUGAAUUACAUUGCUUGCUCGACAUUCACUAAUGCACAAGGUGGCUCAUUUGGGGAAGCUACGUUUCCUGAAAUUAUCAGUGUUCCUGCAGAGCUCUCCCCUCGGUAACAGACAUUAUCACCAGCAUGCUCUCCCAACUGGAAGGUGCCAUGGAUGCGAUCAUCAAAGUUUUCUACAAAUACUCGGGGAAAGAAGGUGACAAAUAUACUCUGACCAAGGCUGAGCUCAAGGAUCUGCUGACAGGGGAACUUGGAGCUUUCCUGAAGUAUCAGAAAGAUCCCAACUCUGUCGAAGUCAUCAUGAGAGAUUUGGAUAUGAACCGUGAUGGGCAGGUGGAUUUCCAGGAGUUUAUUCAUUUGGUGACAGCACUCACCAUCGCCUGCAAUGAGUUCUUUGUCGAGCUCCUGAAGAAACAGGGCAAGUUGUGAGGAGUAAGAUGAAGGGGCCAAUCUCGUACUGAGUGUGUGCUGUGUAUACUCUUUGUGCACAAGCCAGUGCAGAAUCAUCACUGUAAACCCUUAAACACUGGACAUUGUUUCAGCAGCUCCAAUAAAAGUGAUUCUCGGGCUGCA